AUGUCUUCAUCUGCAUCAAUUACAUCCGAUAUUAAAGCUCUUGAAGCUAGUAGUGAAAUCGAAAAUGUUGAACCAUAUAAAACGUGUACGAUAACUGGUGAUGGUAAUGAAUUUGUUGUUAUUGGUGAUCAUAAAUAUUAUCGACAUGAAUUAAUGCAAGCAUUUGGAGGUACUUUCAAUCCUGGUCUUGCACCAUAUCCUAAACAUAGUUAUGGUAAUCCUGCUGCUAUUGGAUUAGUUGCCACAAGUAUGAAUAUUUUCAUAUUAGGGUUAUUUUUUGCUCAUGCUAUGGGGAUUCAUGUCCCUAAUGUUGCUGUUGGGUUAUUUGUAUUCAUGGGAGGAGUAGUUCAAUUUUUAGCUGGAAUAUGGGGAUUUUUCAUUGGGUCACAAGUAGGAACAUUUAUUUUUAUUGUUUUCACAUCGUAUGGUGCAUUUUGGUUAAGUUUUGGAGCAAUUUUUAUUCCUGCUUUUGGUAUUGGUGAAGCAUAUGCUGAACAUCCCGAACAAUUAAAUCAAGGUAUUGGGUUAAUGUCAGUAGGUUGGGCAAUAUUCACUACCAUGUUAGUGUUGUGCGUUAUGAAAUCUACGUUGUCAUUCUUCUGGGCUUUAUUUACAUUAGAUUUAACUAUUAUUCUUUUAGCGGCUGGCUUUUUAUUAGAUAGUGAUAAGGUCAAAAUAGCUGGUGGGAUUAUGGGAGUUAUUAACACAUUUGCAGGUUGGUUUGAAGCUUUCGCUGGUGUGGCCAACACACAUAAUUCAUAUUUGGUUCCCAAAGAAAUUCCCUUACCAGAUCUUUCACUUUGGUUUAAACGUAAAAAGUCGGAAAAUCAACCAUCAGAGUAG